GCGGAAUACUAUAGAUAUAUCUCGCUCUUGCUGACCCGUCACUCUCCACGAUUGUUGUGGCACAUGUGGAACCCGCCCAAGGCCAAUGACCUCUUCAGGACCUCGGCGCGGAAAAGCGCCGCACCUGCCUCAGGCUCCCGCCCCGUCUCUGCACCCACUCGCUUCGGGUUCCACAAGCGCCUCUGGCGAGGGCCGGAGGGCCCCGACUUCUCCCUCAAGGGCUCCAUCGCGCCGGGCCACAUCGACGCGCAGCUUAUCGGCGAGUUCGCGGAGGGGAAGAACAACAAAGCGCUCGCUUCAAUCAACGGCGCCAUUGGCCCAGGCGUAGCGCCUAUUGAGGUGCACUGGGUGGCGGGCCAGCUGCGCGCGCGCAUCGUUGUGUGGGACCUCGAUGGCCAUAUUAUGGUGACGCAUUCGGGGCCGCGGAUCGGGACGGCGACCAGGCGAGUGAUGGAGAUUCCGGAGAAGUAUCAAGCGAAGGCGCAAGAGGGCAAGGGUGAGAAGGCGGAGGCGAAACGGUGA